CAUUUCACAUGAUUGAAUACACAAUGCAAAUUAGUUUCAUAGUGCUACUUGUGAAUUUCUGGUGUUUUGCUUCAAUCUUUACCCAAGUUUAAAAUGAAAAAAAUUAAGAUAUUAAAAUUAUUCAAAGAGUUUAUAUGGUGAAUUCAGAUUAUGCGAUUUUCUAAGGAGUAACUAAUCGAGCCAUCAUUGAGCAGCUGUGGCUGGCUGUUCCAUAUUUUCUGCACAGUCAUCAUGACUAUGCAAAAGAAAAAUCCAUCCAACCCUUUUUUCAUUUCCAAAUCUUUCACAUUAAACCAUCCUUGUAAAUAGUUUAACAUGUGUGUCGAGCCCCAUUUACAGGAUGAAGAUCAAGAAGGUUGAACGGACGGUUCUGAGCGUGGAGCAGGCGGAGGGAGUUGGUGCCCGAGUUCGGAGGAGCAUUGGCAGGAAGGAGCUCAGGAACUUGGAUCCUUUCCUGAUGUUGGACGAAUUUCGUCUGAGCAAGCCAGCAGGCUUCCCCGAUCACCCUCAUAGAGGGUUUGAGACGGUGACCUACGUCUUGGAGGGAAGCUCCGCCCACGAGGACUUCUGUGGCCACUCGGGCAAGCUGUCUGCGGGCGACUUACAGUGGAUGACCGCGGGGCGGGGGGUGGUCCACGCGGAGAUGCCCGUGUCAGAGGAGCCGGUGGUGGGCCUGCAGCUCUGGGUGAACCUGCCGCGCGUCCAGAAGAUGGUGGAGCCUUGCUACCAGGAGCUCAGGAGCAGAGACGUCCCCAAACCCAGCCAGGGGGGGGUCUGCGCCGCGGUCAUAUCAGGGGAGGCCCUGGGGGCUAAGUCUAAGGUGUACACAAGGACACCUACUCUGUAUUUGGACUUCACACUGCAGCCAGGGGCAGCACACGUCCAGCCUGUACCUGCAGGGUGGACAACGUUCAUCUACACACUGUCAGGUUCCCUUCAUGUUGGUCCAGAAGAGCUCCAGCAGCUGGUGGAGCCACAUCACACCGUGCUCUUUGCUGAGGGAGACGGCGUCAAAGCAGAAAACAAGGGUCCGGCAGCUGCUCGGUUCGUGCUUAUCGCCGGGGAGCCGAUAGGAGAGCCUGUGGUUCAACACGGUCCGUUCGUCAUGACCACAGAAGAAGAGAUCUCUCAGGCCAUCAGGGAUUACCAGAGCGGAACCAACGGCUUCGAGAGGGCCGUUACCUGGAGGUCCAAGAUCAGAGAUCGACUGUAGUGACGUGCCUGGGAUGUACCACGAUAACGUGGCUGAUGCUUCUUACGUUUACAGUGGGCAUUUGCAAUGUGUGUUCAACACAAUGGAUUGGCUUAAGUUGGGGUUUCAGUUGAUCUUGUUUUCAAUGUCAUGUUGAACUUUAUUUUAAUCACUGUUUGUGCAAUUUUUCCCACUUACUUUUUACCUACAUUGUUAUUCAGUCGUUGUGUAAGGUCUGAGUUCCGUGAAGGAGAAGGGUUUGGCGCUGGCUCCACUGAAAUCUUUCUCAACCCAAGUGCUCAUGCUCAUGAUGGUGGACAUUGAAGUGGUGUAAUUCAGAAAGCACUUUGAUAUAUAAUGUGAUAAAUGGAGCUACUGCAACUGUUUGCACAACCGCUAAUAGAAAGCAGACAAUACUGACCUUGUUGUUGCGAUUCCUAUGGUUACUCUGCUCUCUGUCAUUUGUGAACGAGGGCAGGCAGCACUCAGCUACCCAGGUUUGAUUAUAGCUUUAGAAUUGUAAAGGUUUUUUGGAUCGAUUAAAUAAUCCCAGGGAGGAAAUGUUUUGUCAAAUAAUUCACAAUGUCAAAUGUCAAAUAAUGUCAAAUAAUUCACAAAGGGAUAAUUUUUCCCAUACUGGAUGAAUCGUUUUUUUAGCCAUCACAAUCCUGUUUCUCUGUGUCCCUCAAAAAGGGAAACAAUUACUGAACUGUAAUUUUCCAACUCAGUCUCGUCACUUUGUCGUGACUUAGCGGUCUCUCCAGGAACAAGCCGUUAGCAUGCUAUCCCAUGUCCGCAGGGCAAGGUCGUGGAUGUUUCCCCCGCACCUCACCCCGUCUACUCCCACCCUCGGCCGUCCCAGGGUGGCUGGUAUCUGGACAGGUCCAAGGACGCGGCUGUUGGCCAGGCAGAAAUGGUGGUUCACACUGCAUUCCCGUAACCCUGAUGUCUGGAUCAGAUUUAGAACACAUGUUGCAGCUUCUAAGACUCUGUCUGUCUGUGUGUGUGUGCGUCAGUGUCUGCGUGAGAAUGUGUGUCUGCGUAAGAAUGUCUGUGUGUGGUUGUGUUUGUGGUUUGGUCAGGGAAGGGAGACCAAGACGGACCGAACGAAGGACAGAUUCAGGGACAAGAGGGAAAGACUGACAAGAGAAGGAGGAAAGACUGGGAGACUUGAGGGACAGACUCGGGGAUAAGAGGGACAGACUGACAAGAGAUAAAGGAAAGACUGGAAGACUUGAAGGACAAACUCAGUCUGUCCCUCUUGUCCCUGAGUCUGUCCCUCAAGUCUCCAAGUUUUUCCUUCUUCUCUUGUCAGUUUGUCCCUCAAGUCUUCCAGCCUUUUCCUUCUUCCCUUGUCGGUCUGUCCUUCUUGUCCAUCAAUCUGUCCCUCCUGUCCAUGAGUCUGUCCUUCAAGUCUUCCAGUCUUUCCUUAAUCGCUUGUCAGUCCGUCCCUCUUGUCCCUGAAUCUGUCCUCUAGUCGGUCCGUCUUGUUCUCCUUUCCCUGACCAUACCACAAACACAACCACACACAGACAUUCUUACUUGAGGGACAGAUUUGAAGGUUUGCGGGGAAAGACUCAUGAACAAGAGGGACUGAUUGAUUGAUUUUAUUUGACAAUUCUUGACGCAAAAAUAUGAAACAACAACCUGUGCCAUACAUUAUAUGAAUAAAGAUAGUCAAGGGUGACACAAUAAA